CUGGGGGUUCCAACUAAUCUCGAUCUUAAUCAUGAUCAUAAUCACCCGUUGAAUCCUUGCUUUUUAGGUUGCCCCGAAAAUUCACUUAAAUAAUAAUUUCACUCUCUCUUUACAAAAAGGAAAUUAAAUAAAAUAAAAAUUCUUCCACUAACUGAUUUCAUUUCUGGAGAAACAUACAAUUAAAUAAAAAUUUUUGUCUAGGGUUUCGAAAUCCCUCUCUGUAGCUCUCCCCAUUCGAUUUUCCUUCCCUCCAAACGCCAGGCUGUUCUUUCUUUAUCGUUUUUUUCCCCGGGAAAGUUGGAGGAAGUUUUACGGGUAUUUUAUGUUUUGUUUUCUCCGGGAAUUUCAUUUUCCCGGGAGGGUUUCACCUCCGAAUUCGGCUUCUUCGCGAGCUCCUUCUCUGAAUACGGCUUUUACAGGUCAUUUGCAUGUGAUUAACUGAUCUCAGAUAAAAAGUAGCUGGUAAUUGGAAUUGAGCAAGGGAAGUAAUUGUCGUUAAAAGAUCUGUAGAAUCAACAGAGAGAGCAUUUCAGACCUCCAAAGAUAAAGACCCUUUACCCGUUGAUUUUGUUACCUUCAGUAAUGAUACUGUUAUUAAUCUUCAAUCAUCUUAAAUUUUAAUGCUAAUUGCUUUAUGGAUUUGGGAGUACUUUCACCUACCUCUUCACCUUCACGGUGUAGGGAUUUGGUGAAGUGUGGUAAUUGUGGGUGUAGUUGUUCUUUAGUAGCUUCCUCCACCAGGGGUGCUUGGUUCCGGUCUGUGAAACGAAAAUAUGAUGAGUUUGAGGAAGGAAAUCGAUUCUAUAUACCUGGAUUUGAUCUCUUCUCGAAUCCACGUGUGCAAAUUGAGAAUGAAUGUGCUGCAUUACGUGAAACAGUUAGUAGCCAACAGCAGGCAAUACAAGAUUUACAGGCUGAACUGGAAGAGGAGAGAAAUGCCUCUUCAACGGCAGCAAAUGAGGCAAUGUCAAUGAUACUGAGGUUGCAGAGGGAGAAGGCAGAGAUCCAAAUGGAAGCAAGACAAUUCAAGCGUUUUGCAGAGGAGAAGAUGGCUCAUGAUCAGCAGGAGUUUUUGGCUCUUGAGGAUCUAUUGUAUAAGAGAGAACAAGCUAUUCAAUCUCUUACUUGUGAGGUGCAGGCUUAUAAACAUAGGAUGCUGAGUUAUGGGCUUACAGAAGCUGAGGCAGAGGGGGAGAAGGGUGAGAGAAGUGAGUUAAGUCGCAACCCAAGUAUGAAUGAAAAUUUGGAUGCUCUGCAAUUUGAAUUUCCAGCAUACAAUUAUCCACCCCUAAAAUGCAAUUUGAAUGAGAACCCAAUUGCAUUGGAAGGCGACGAUGAUGUGGAUGUGGAGAAAUAUGCUUUUGGUGAGAUUCCUCAUGCUCGGGAUCAUUUGAAAGAUUUGGAAUAUAGGAUCAAUCAGAUGGAGAAUAGUCCCAGUAGCAGUCAAUUGGAUGGGGCGUCCUCUGGUUCAAAGAAUAUCCCAGAGAAGGUGAUAGUUGGCCAAUCUCCCAGGCGGCCGAGAGACAGGAUGUCUUCUGCCGAAAAUUCAGGUUCAUUUGUGGGUACAUCAAGAGAAACAGGUCCAGAUCUUGUGACAGAAUCUCAAAGUUUCAGGUUGAAUAAUAGCUUUAAGAAGAUGGAUUAUGUUUCGCAAUCAGAAGACUCCUCGAAUUUGAGAAAGUUGGACAAUGCAUCAGAUUUUGGAGAUGACAUGAGUAGUGACAGAGUUUAUACCAUUGAUUCUGUCUACAAUGGGGUACCAUAUAAUUGUGCUGCCGAACCAAAAGCUGGAGCUGGGAUUUGUGAAGAUUAUGUUUCCACUCCAAGGGAGGUAUCAAAUCGGCCUGAUGUUAGCGAUCCUGAUAUCAAAAAGCUCUACAUGAGGCUUCAGGCACUUGAGGCUGACAGGGAAUCUAUGAGGCACGCAAUUAUUUCAAUGCGCACUGAUAAAGCCCAGAUGGUGCUAUUGAAAGAAAUAGCUCAACAUUUGUCCAAGGAGAUGUCACCAGAAAGGCGAAUGCCUGUGAAGAAGCCAUCUCUUGGAACCUUUUCCUUCAUGUCAAUUUUCAAGUGGGUCGCAUCCUUCAUUUUCUGGAGAAAGAAAGCUCGUCGAAGCAAAUAUAUGUGCGGGCUUUCAGCAAGCAACGUUGGUCUGUUACUGCUACUGGACAAAGGGCCUCGCACAAGGCAAUGGAGAUGUGUUACAAGUACACAAGUGUGAAACAAAUAGUGAAACCUCCAUAUCCAUUGCAUGCUGAAGUUCAUAAAUGUGAGCUCAUAAUGGAUUAUGGUUGCGUUGCCAUAAUUUUUUUCGCAUUCUUUUUCUGGAUUCUUAGCUGCUACAGAGUUUGAGUGUGUUGUGCGGUGUUGUUGCGAUUUUUUGAUUUCUAUGGAUUUGAGUAUAUCUUGGUGGUUGAUCAGGAAAGAUGGAUAUGGUAUGGGAAUGUUUAUGCCCAUUCAGUUUGUUGGAAUUUAGCUCAUGACAGGCCACUUCUGUAUAUGUCAUAUUCUUGUAUGAUUCCGAUUCAAUUGUGCUAUUUGCUUCU